UUUGAAAGAGUAAGAGUGAUCUACAAGUAUGCCUUGGAUAGAAUUCCAAAACAGCAGGCCCAGAAUCUCUUCAAGAAUUACACCAUCUUUGAGAAGAAGUUUGGAGACAGAAGAGGAAUCGAAGACAUCAUUGUCAGCAAGAGGAGAUUCCAGUAUGAGGAGGAGGUGAAGGCAAAUCCACAUAAUUACGAUGCGUGGUUUGACUACCUGAGGUUAGUUGAAAGUGAUGCAGAUGCCGAGACUGUCCGAGAAGUGUAUGAAAGAGCCAUCGCCAACGUUCCCCCAAUUCAAGAGAAAAGACACUGGAAAAGAUACAUCUAUCUUUGGGUUAACUAUGCGUUAUAUGAAGAGCUGGAGGCAAAGGAUGCGGAACGAACCAGACAAGUGUAUCAGGCAUGUAUCGAGCUCAUUCCUCACAAAAAGUUUACAUUUGCCAAAAUAUGGUUGCUGUAUGCACAAUUUGAAAUACGCCAGAAAAAUCUUCCACUUGCCAGAAGAGCUUUGGGAACAUCCAUAGGUAAAUGUCCAAAAAACAAACUGUUUAAAGGUUAUAUUGAAUUGGAGUUACAACUGCGAGAGUUUGAUCGUUGCCGAAAGCUGUAUGAAAAAUUUCUGGAGUUUGCACCGGAAAACUGCACAUCAUGGAUUAAAUUUGCUGAGCUUGAGACCAUUCUUGGUGAUAUUGAUAGAGCCCGUGCAAUAUAUGAAUUGGCCAUUGGCCAGCCCCGCCUAGACAUGCCAGAGGUUCUUUGGAAGUCCUACAUUGACUUUGAAAUUGAGCAAGAAGAGUAUGAGAAAACAAGAAACCUUUACCGCAGAUUACUUCAGCGGACACAGCAUGUUAAGGUAUGGAUCAGCUUUGCACAGUUCGAGCUCUCUGCAGGAAUGGAGGGGAGUUUGUCAAGAUGCCGGCAGAUUUAUGAAGAGGCUAAUAAGGCAAUGCGAAGCUGUGAGGAGAAAGAGGAGAGAGUAAUGCUUCUGGAGUCCUGGAGGAGCUUUGAGGAGGAGUUUGGAACUGAUACCACUAAAGAGAGGAUAGAUAAACUCAUGCCUGAAAAAAUAAAGAAGAGGAGAAAACUGCAAGCUGAAGAUGGGUCUGAUGCUGGCUGGGAGGAGUACUAUGAUUAUAUUUUCCCAGAAGAUACUGCCAAUCAGCCUAAUCUCAAACUACUUGCCAUGGCUAAACUCUGGAAGAAACAGCAACAGGAGAGUGAAGCUGCAGAGAUCGAUCCAGACAAAGACAUUGAUGAAAGCCAGUCCUAAAAUUCAUUGCCUUUCCUUCCCACCCCUUUUCUUGGGUAUUGUACAGUAUUUUCAUUGGUGACAAUUAAAUGUAUUUGAAGAGUUUUA